UUCAGCAUGAUAUGAUAGCAACGACCGAGGAGAACUCCCCCGCAAGAUGAAGAAUCCUUACGUCCUCGCGUGCUUCCUGCUGCUGCCCGCGGUGCUGGGCCUGACCCUGCAGGAGGACGACCUGGUGUUCGAUGACGUCGGCGAAGAGAGCACCAGCACCGCAGCGACGGUGAUCAGUCGUCGCUACGACGAACAGAGGAGCAGCUGGCACGAGCAGAAGCAUCCCUAUGACACGAAGAAGCACCAAUUCGAUAGGCUGCACAAUGUUCCCCACGUCGUCGUGCCCGUUGGCCACGUGCUCAAACUCAGGGUCCACAGGGAGGCGUUCAGCGGACCAGAAGACUACUACGAGUUGUUCGACCCAAACGGGAACCGGCUGUUGCGAUGGCUGUACUGGGACGACGCGGCGUCGACCUUGAUGGGCGUCCCGACGAAGAAGGACGUUGGCACCCAUCGUCUGAGCGUGAAGGUGAUGGGCAAGCACGACGACACCGCGAAGGACCUGUUCGUGGUGCAAGUGGUCCCCGAGAAGCACGAGGAACUGAAGCACAGGGAUGGAAAGACCCACUGCAACGAAGGGGAGGAACAGACGCUUCUGACGAUUCUGCUGGAUGCCAGGUUCGACAACCUCUCGCCGACCAUGCGAGUCAACACCAUCGAGAACCUCGCCGGAUUCCUGGGACUUCACGUGAGCGCGUUCUCGAUGCAUCCGCAAAGCGCCAAGGAAAAUUUGAACUCGGACACCACCGUGAUUCUCAGUGGGCCUGGAAACGUGAAACAUCGGAAGGAGAAAUACCUGACGGCGAUCCAGUGGCAGGUCGGCUGCGAUGGGCACUUAUGGAAGCACCAGACGGAUUUGGUGAAACACCUGCGAGAACAGGCAAAGGACGGCACUCUAGCGGAAGUGAUGCAGCUUCCGGUGCUGUUAUGGCGCGUGAAGACGGAAUCGAGCUUAUUACUGAGAAACAGGAGGGAGGCUGGCUCUGGGGACUACAAUACGGAUGACUACGAUGGUUACGAUGAUGAUUACGAGGACGAAUUCGAAGAUGGCGAGGAGGAUGGCGAGGAUGGCGAUGACUCGCUGGUACAGCCAACUUUCAUCCCGGAUACGAAUUCUCCUAGAGGAAACGUCGCGGAACAUCCGCACAGGCAUCACCACGGUGAAGAACCUAUCGAUUGGAACACCGAAGAGAUCAGCGACAUUAUCCCAGUGGUGAAUCAGUCGAACGUGGUUGAAAGUGCAGUGAACAGAACGAUUAUGAACACCACGUCAACUACAACAACCACUGAACUUACAUCACCACCAUCAACAACUCCAACAACCAUCACCACGAUGACUACUCCAUCUACUUCGACAACAACUACAACAACAACAACAACAACUCAACAACCACCCUCGUCAACGGCUACUAGUACUACUACUACAAGCACAACAACGAGCACAACAAUAGCAGAUUUAACAACAGCAAGCAUCAUGCCGACCAUCAUAGUCCCAUCGACUGAAACACCGGAGAAACCGGAGACCACCGAAGAGACAAUGAAGAACACUAGAUACAUGGAGAACGAAUCUCUAAACGUCUCAUCUGUCACUAUACCAGAACUCACCACCAUCCCUCCUACGGUAAUCGUUCCUCAUUCUAGCACUACCAACACCGUCACCACCACCGGAUCCACCCCAACCACCGUUGUUGUUGAAAGGGCGGAAACGGAUGUCACCGUUGGUACCGUGAAUGUCACCACGGAAGAGCCGACGGAACAGUCGCCAGUGUCUUCGACAAAACUACCUACUACUCUCUUACCCGUCACAAUACCUGCAAACACAACGACCACAUCCACAACUACCGCAUUCGUCACUAAUAUCACCACGACACCCACAACAACGACCACACAGAUAAGAACAACCCCAAUCACUAUACCUACUACCACUACCACCACCACCACUACUACUACUUCCACCAUGGCUCCGAUACCCACAACUACAACAACCACCACAACUACUACCACUCCAGCACCGACUAGCGGUGUCACCGAACCAUCUUGGAGCGUCACGGAAACCAUAGAGUACGGUGCGGGGAAUAAUUUGUCCCCCAGACAAGAUAAGAGAUUGAAGAAGAUACCAGUCACGGCUGGAAAACCAUUGAGCUACGUUAUACCUGCUAAUACGUUCAGCGAUUCCGAGGAUGGAGAUACUAGGGACCUAAAACUCAGUUUGUACCUGCAAGGUGCACCACUGAAAACCAGUCACUGGCUGCAAUUCAAUCAGAAUACUCAAGAAGUUUAUGGAUUGCCACUGGAGAACGAUAUUUCAACUUGGACUUACGAAUUAGUAGCUGCUGAUAGUGAAGGAUUAAACGUGACGGAUCGACUUGAUAUUCACGUUCAGCAGCACAAGCUCAGCCGUAGCGUAAACCACGAAUUCAGUAUUUAUUUAAAGAUCGACAAACGUUCUGAAUUUCCUACAGACGUGGACUGGGAACUAAAGGUAAUUCGAAGCUUAGCCGAAUUGUAUGGAGACAGCGAUACCAGACACAUCACUGUCAGGUCGAUUGAUAUUGAUCGUGAUCAAGCGUUAUUUACUUGGACCAACGAUAGUGUGCCAAGAAGCAGCGAAUGUCCCAAAGAAUAUAUUAAUGAUCUGUUAAAUGUUUUGAUUGAUAGAAACGGUGACCCCAGUUCUGCGUUAAGGGAAGUUCUCCUGCCUGAAAUUAGAGUGAAACGAGUAGUCUGUCAAGGUAUUGGACAAUGCGAAGACAUGACUCGCCUAGAAACACCGAAAGUUUCUACGCAAGAGCCUAAAUCAAAUUUCCCACCAUUACCGAGAAAUCAAGUGGAUCUUGUCAAUGCUACUGUUGGUCAGCUACUUGUAUUUAAAGUACCAGAGGAUACUUUCUAUGAUGCACAAGAUGGUUCUGCAAGAAACAUGCAAAUGUCUCUGCUAACUAUUGAACGUAAGCCUAUUCCACCACAUGAGUGGUUGCAAUUUGACAGUAAGAAUCAAGAAUUUUAUGGAGUACCAAUGCGUAGCGACGUUGGUCGCAAAGAAUACCAAUUAGUAGUUACUGAUAAAGAAGGCGCAAGCGCCACUGACGGCCUAGUGGUUGUAGUGCACUCUGCUCCCUUCAUGCACCAUACAGUGGAGUUCUCUAUGACCUUGGACAUCCCAUAUGAAUCGUUUGCACACUCUGCACUUCAAAAGCGUAAUUUCAUUGAAAAACUCCGCGAUCUGUAUCAAGAUAAAGAUACUAGUGCAAUCUCAUUGCAUAGUAUAUCGAAUGGUAGUACAGUAAUUACGUGGCACAACAGAACCCUGCCUACCUCGUAUUGUGCGCACGAAGAAGUCAAUAGAUUGCGAUCAGUGCUCGUUAAGAGUGACAACGAUCGUCGAUCCGUCACGGAUGAGGUCCUAGAGAUCAUGGGCCUGAAAUUCCCCGUGAAACAAAUCACUGUGAUCCCCAUGGGCAUCUGUCUUGGUGAAUUAACAGACGUUCAUUCUCCCGACAAUCACGUACCACCAGUGGAUGAUUCCACUUCGUUUGGAGCGUUCCACGAUGACUAUCUUAUGACAUUUGUCGUACCAGCUAUAAUAAUCACCGCAAUGCUCAUCUUAGCAGGUUUCAUUGCUUGUAUGGUAUACAAACGGAGGCGUAGUGGAAAAAUGAGUGUCAGCGAACAAGAUGACGAAAGACAAAGUUUCCGUAGCAAGGGAAUACCAGUCAUUUUCCAGGAUGAGCUAGACGAGAAGCCAGAUCCAGGUAACAAGUCUCCCGUUAUUCUAAAGGAAGAGAAACCACCGCUACCACCUCCCGAGUAUCAAAAAGCUGAAGACGGUGCAGAUGUACCAAUGUUGCCAAAGGAGAAUUCCGAGGAACCGUAUCAACCGCCACCACCGUUCGCCACGAACCGUGAAACUAAUCGUCAGAAUCGUCCGAAACCCACCCCCACGUACAGGAAACCACCCCCCUACGUACCCCCCUAACAAAAUACAGUUCACUCGCCCACGCGCAAAUAUAUGCUAGCGAUGCUCGGAGACUCCCCAAUACACGCGCAAAACCAAACAAACUAUCAGAAGAAAUCUCAGCUUGCCGGUAAAAUCGACAACUGUGCAUCUCUGAACGUAUACAGCAAUCUUAAGUAAAAAAAAAAACAAAGCUUUCGUUCGUUCCGACAUUCGAUCAAUAUAUACAUAUAUAUCUAUAUAUAUAUAUUUAUAUAUAUAUCGGUAUCACGAAACGAGAGGAGACGAAAGAUCUGUUCGCAAGAACUCAAGCCAAAAGUCACGCCCACUUUUUCUUACUUUGUAAUAUUAUAUAUGUACAUGUAUACUCAUUCGUCGCUAUUUAUCCGCGGUAUAUAACGUAUUUAAAGGAAGAGAAAAACGAAGAAACUCGACCUCGGGUUUCUGCCGUUUUUCUUCCUCUUUUUAUUUUUAUUUUAACAAACGAAUGUACUUCUGUCAUCGACCGUCUUGUAAUUUCACGGGAAACUUUUUCUAGGGAGUGUAUGGGAUUACAAAUCACGCGUUGCCUUUCGUAACGAAUUCAAACUGUAGAAAGAGAGAAAGAGAGAGAGAGAAAGAGAGAGAGAUAGAGGAGAAUGAUUCACUACUCCGACCGGGUAAGCGGAUAUUUUAGGUUUUAGGUUUACGAGACUUGUAGAACCAGCCAGUCGUUUAGGGCGAGAUGUAUUUUACUCGAUAAUAUGGGGUAGCAAAGAGAGUCGGUGUGUAUAUGCAGCAACGGUACUCGUUAAAUAUUUCAGUAAUAUCAGUGCCAUUUUUUAAGCAAUAAGGGUAUCCUGCUGUGAACGAAGAAAACAAGUACUAUAAUGGUUCUACGACUUAAUGCAAUUUACUGUUAAAAAAAAAAAAGAAAAAAAAGAAGAAAAACAAACGGUCUCCACGUAUCAAAGACUAUUGACUUAACGAAUCUUACAACGUACCUACAACGCGUAACGCUGCCAGAUGAAAAAAAAAAAAAGAUGAUAAUUCGUCGUCGGACGAGACAGUUUUAUCGUCAGUUACUCAAGCCUCUUUUUUUUAUACUGUCCAUAAGUCUUGAUAGAGGAAAGAAUAUCGAAAAGGAACGAAAAGAAUUUCGUAUAUUCUGCGAUUUUAUUGAACUGGCCCAUCCGACGAUCGAUUAUGUCAGACUUAAAUGAUUAACUUAGAUGAGAAGUGAGAAUUUUUUUAACAAAAAAAAAAAAAAAAA